CGGCGCCUUGGGGCCCGGGGGCAGCGGCGGGGACAGCGGCGGGGACAGCGGCCAGGACAGCUUGCAGCCCCCGCCGCAGCGAUGGAGCCCCGGUGCCCGCCCUGGCUGCCGCUGUGUCCCCGGCCGUGCCGCCUCCUGCUCCGUGCCCUGUGCUCGGGCCCCGGCGGGGCGAUGCCCGCGCUGCGGGUGCUGCAGCGGGGCCAGCCCCAGGAGGGACCGGGCCAGGCGUUCCCCUGGCAGGCUCUCACCGCGGCCCUGUGCGCCCAGGAGCCCUCGCUGGAGGGGCCAGAGGACACCCUGGCUGUCAAGCCGCGGCUGCUGCUGCUGCCCGUUUUGUGCCAGAGGAACCUCCUGUCGCUGCUCCUCGUGGUGCAGGAUGCAGUGCCACGGGACUGCCUUCACCAGCUGCUCCAGGCCGUGGAGCAAGAUUCCCACGUGGAUCCCUGGGUGCGGACGCUGGGGGAUCUGCUCCGGCAGGGACCGCGGGCAGAGGAGGGGUCCCCGCGUCCCACUGCCCUGUCUGCUGUGUGCCAGCAGCAGCUGAGGGGCCUGUGCCAGAAAAUUGCCCAGAAGAACCCAGAGGGGCAAAGAAAAUGGAACUGGUGCUUCAGCAAGAAGGCUGGUGCCCCUGAGUCUGUGCCUCAAGGUGGGAAGCGUAAGAAGGGGUCAGAGGAGAGCCUGGAGUUGGACAGUGAAACAGAGGGGAAGAGAUUGUUGCUGGAGGAGGUGGCAUUUGAGCCCCUGGGGCCCCAAGAAUGUGGAGAUGUGGCGGAGGUGGAAAAGGAGGUGCCUGAGGAGCCUUCAGGGGACACAUCUGCUCAGAGCACAGAGAAGGCUGCUCAGGACAGCUCCCAGCAGGAUGCAGCUGGGGAGCCCAGGAAGAUUUCCCAGACAGAGCUGGCAGCAGAGGUCCAGUCCUUUGUCCAGAUGCAUGGACAGGGGCUGAAAAUGCUGCUGCUGCAGGAGUCCAGUCACUCCGAGCUGUGCGCCCCCCCCAAGCUGAGCAUCCUGAGCAGCUGCACCCCCAGCCAGCUCGAGGGGCUGUGCUCCUUCCUGCAGCUCUCCACGUGCCCGGAGCCCUCCCUGGUGCGUUUCUGCAGCUGGCUGCUGGCUCUGAGCCCUGACCUCAGCUACAGCAGCGCAGCCAUCCUGGCACAGCAGCUCUUCCUCAGGCGAGUCCUGGCCCUCACCCAGCCGCCCUCCCGACACCUCAUGGCUGCCCUGACUUCGUUCUGCUCCAAGUAUUCCCAUCCCUUCUGCCGUGUGCUGGUGGCUGCGGUGCUGCAGGGGCCAGGGGAAGGUGCAGAGCAGACCAAGCUGGCGUGUGAGCUCGUGGAGGAGUGCCUGGAGCCCCGCUCUGUGCAGCUGGUGCUGAGCCACAUCCUGGAGGUGCCUUUGUCAGAGAAACUCCUGCCAGUACUGCAGGCUGUGCUGGGGCGCCAGGAGGUGCUGCCCCCUGAGCUCUUGGAUCUCCUGGUCCUGACUCUGUGCCAGCAGGCUCCAGCCUUUGCCACGUCCCUCAACUUCGCCAGGCUGGUGACAGCCGUGCUCACGGUGUAUCAGAGCCAGGUCAGCCCAGCUCACAGGAGCAGUCUGGCUGCUGUCCUGGACCGGAGCACUGCAGCACUGAAGAAAUCGCUGCAGGCUGUGCUGGAAGGGGCCAGGUGAGCACCCAAAGGAAUCAUCAGUGGAGGACACUCGUUGCACAGCAGCAGCAGCCACAGCCACCCUCGCUGGGUUCUCCCUGCUCAGGUGGGACCCUGCGAGGGGGGUCUGUGCCCCACAGAGUGCCCAGGGCCUCCUGGCAGCCCCUGGCCUGAGGGGGCUCCUGCUGGGCAGUGCCAUCCCAGCCCCCCUCGCCCCCUGGGGCUCGGAGGGGUCUUGGGUGAACAAUUCAUGUGUUUCCAGGUGUUUCUCUGUGCUCUCCCUCGGGCCUGCCACGCUCUCCAAGGUGACCUGGCCCUCCUGUGCUGGGGGCAGGGCUCUGGGGGCCAGGCAGGGAGAACCUCCAGGUCCUGAGUUCUUACUGCCCAAAACCCAUCCCUGAGCCAGGACAGACAUUGAUUUGAGGCUGGGUGAAGUUGAUAAUUCUGGACUUGGUUCACUACCUGGAUUUUACCUCGGCUCAUUCCAAGGCAGGGGCUCCGUGCACGUCCACGUUCCUCCCCAACAGCCAAGCAGGGUGCAGGCUGGGCUGCUGCUUUGUGUAUCUGAUCUGCUGGGAUUUCCAGAUCUCUGGGUGCACCAGAGGGGCAUUUAACUGAAUUCCAGCUGAAUUUAGCUGGGAAUUUUGAGUGUUCUGCUUUAAACCCACCUUUCUUUCCUGUUUGCUGGCCCGUGAGGGGCCUUGCUGUGUGUGACACAUUUCUGGGGAUGAUGACACUACUCUGGCCCUAACAGAAAGUGCUUGUGUGGCAUGACUCUGCUCAAAGUUCUAUCCUGCAUUCUUGGAAGUGCCCACUGGAAACCCCACCUAGGCACCUCCUGGUCUGAGAGCUGGGAAGAAAAGGUUGGGACAGAGUGGAGACUCAGGCAGGUAGAGCUGGGGUUUCAGUGGAGGUUUUGAAGCAUUGCAUACCUCAGGGGCUAUUUAAAAAUCCAGAAACAUCUACAAAGGGAGAAGGAGAAUUAUAACAUGCAGGCGUGACGUGUGACUGCUCCAGGUUUGCCCCACAAUGUUCAGAUCCCAGCCAGAGGAAGGAAACUCUGAAGCAUUAGGUGACACUCUUAAGGCUGAGAGCCAGGUUCCUUUACAUAAGAAUCUCUUAAGCUAUUUUAGGUGGCAGGGGACUGAUGAGGCUUCAAAGUCCGCAUUAGCUGGAGGAUGGAAACCUCCAGGGAGCCAGAUUGUUGAUGUGUUUGCAUUCCACUGAGUUAGUGGCUGAGUAAAGUGAAGCUAUUGUAGGGCUGCCCAAAAUACGACAUAAAUAGAAAUUGUGCCACGAUCAUCAAGGUCUAAGCCUGCUCUUGUGGCUUUAUUAGGUAGCAGGCUCUGAUCUUUGCAGUUUCCCUGCAGAGCUUCUACCAAGUGACCUCGGUGUCAUUGUCCCCAGUGCUCUGCCUGGCUGUGGCUGUUGGUCACAUGGAGAUGACCGCUGCCUUGUGGCAAGAGCCUUCUUGGCCCUGGUUUUGCUCUUGGCUGCAGCUUGUCGCGUGCUGUGGGUUCCUCUGAGGUGUUCCUGCAGAUAACAAUCACGUAAGGAGAACUGGGAGCACCCCCUGGGGACCCUGCACCUGCUGGCGGAACACUGCUUGUUCAUAUGGAGGUUGGCAGCACAGAAAACUUUACUUUUGGCUCCUCUUGACCCUUGCAAGGACUUUAAAAUCCAUCCUGAACAGCGCAGAGAGGUGGACGCAGCAUGAAACAUCGGCCAGAUUUCAUAGUUCAGCAGGACCUUGGCCAAGGGUGGCGGGAGUGCCAGGAGUGGCUCUGUCCUUGUCCUGAUUUAGGAGCAGUGGUGGUAAAGGGAACGUCUGGAGCUUUGUCUGAGGCCUUUCCUAGCUGGAGGUAGCAGACUGGGAUUUUCAUCCAGUUUGCUUGUGAUAAUUGGCAGUGGUUCCUUACCUGCUUCCUCUUCUGUCUGGAGAGUUUUACUUCACGUUACAGGGGGGAAUUCCCUUUUUGGUCUCGUAGUUCUUGGGGUUUUUUUUGAAGGAAAUUCAUCACAUGCAGUAGCGUGGGUUGUCUGUCCACUCUGCUGCUUCCACACCCUGCCCAGGGAUUUUUGAACCAGCUUCAUGACAAGAUGAUUCCUCCACUGCCCAGGUGCCUCUGUGGGGCUGUGGUCAGGCAGCAGUGAACCUCUGGGGUGAGCAGGGCUGGGGGGUCUGUGGAUGUUAAACACCAGAGCCGUGCAGGAGCCUUGGGCCAUGCAGCACCUGGUUGGAAAAGGCUGAAACUCAGUGGCUUUCCUGAAAAUGGCCUGUGUCCGUCCCCCGAGGGGCUGCCCCUCUCCGAACAGCAGCUCCAGGUUGUUGCUGUUUCCCCUCCUGCAGCAGUGCCAGGGGUCCCCCCCACUUUUCCCUGGAGGUAACUGCGUGUCCAGUGACAGCCUGCUAAUCUCACAUGUAAUCCUCACCGUGCUGAUGCAGUUCUGCCUGCAGACCUGGGGGCUGUGACACCCAAAUGUGAGGCUGAACUGCUCUGGGGGAUGCUCAGCAAUAUUUAUUUUUUUCACUUGGGAUUGAAAACUGAAUAAAAAGGAAG